CAAAGUGGCGUCAUCAUUUGUGCUGCUGGCAUAGUAAUACUAGUGAUGGAUCAUGGUCUCUCCUGGUGUUUUUGGAAUUAGUUUGUCAUUUUCUAGCUAGCUAGGUACCUCCGAAUUAUAUGAUGUCGUGUGAUAUCUCCGUAGCUAAUGUAACUAUGAUGUUCCGGUUGAUGAUGUGAAUGAUGUCGCGUCAGAGGAGAGAUCUCGAGGGGAGAUCUUCUGCAUGAAUCUCGCCGUAGCUGCAGCUAGCUAACACUUCAUUAGACCAAGAACAAUGUGGCCUGCUGUUUCGGGAAAACGAUCGGAACUGCGGGACUAAACCAAACACAGACAUGGCUUCCGAGCUCCAGGUGUUCUCCUCUCCCUCAAUCUCCUCCAGCGCCUACACUCGCUCCAAGAAACUGAAGGUAGAGAACAGUGUGUGGGAUGUGAGCAGCCAAGUGGGAGACAACAACAACAGUUACUACCAGCAGCAGGGCCCCAGCCAGGGCAAUGGAAACACAUCCUCCCCCUCUUUAUCAAGUUUCAACCCAGCAUACAACUCCUCCAACUCCAACCAGGGGUAUCCAUCAACGGGGGCAGGCUCCCGGGAGCAGACGGUCGUACGGGCGGCAGACAGCACCGGCAGCGUCCGAGGACCACCUUCCUCUUCAUCUUCCUCCUCUUCCACCAGUUGCCUUGUCAAAGAUGCRGCAUCAUCCUCCCAGCCAGGCGACCUAUACCAAAAUCAGUACGGUAACAGCCUGAAGAGGAAGAGUGAGGAGGUGGACAGCAGUGACAGUGUUCAGAUCCUGGAGGAGCUCUCGGCCCCUGUGCUCUGCAACCGCACAGCUGCUGGCGGGGGGACCACCACAGCCCAGUCCAUAGCACAUUCCACCUCCACCACUAAGAGUAGUACCUCCCACAGUGAGGGGGACUACCAGCUAGUGCAGCAUGAGAUCCUGUGCUCUGUGUCCAACAGUUAUGAGGUGCUGGAGUUCCUAGGGAGAGGUACAUUUGGUCAGGUGGCUAAAUGCUGGAAGCGUGGCACUAAUGAGAUUGUGGCCAUCAAGAUCUUGAAGAAUCAUCCCUCAUAUGUCCGGCAAGGUCAAAUUGAGGUGAGUAUCCUGAGCAGACUGAGCACAGAGAAUGCUGACGAGUUCAACUUUGUGCGUUCCUACGAGUGUUUCCAACACAAGAACCACACCUGCCUGGUGUUUGAGAUGCUGGAGCAGAACCUCUAUGACUUCCUGAAGCACAGCAAGUUCAGCCCGCUGCUACUCAAGUCCAUCCGGCCUGUGCUGCAGCAGGUGGCCACGGCCCUGAUGAAGCUGAAGAGCCUAGGUCUGAUCCAUGCUGACCUGAAGCCAGAGAACAUCAUGCUUGUAGAUCCUCUCAGACAGCCCUACAGGGUCAAGGUCAUCGACUUUGGCUCUGCCAGCCACGUCUCCAAGGCCGUGUGUUCCACCUACCUGCAGUCCCGCUACUACCGGGCGCCAGAGAUCAUCCUGGGCCUUCCCUUCUGUGAAGCGAUCGACAUGUGGUCUCUGGGCUGUGUCAUGGCUGAGCUGUUCUUGGGUUGGCCCCUUUAUCCCGGUGCCUCAGAGUAUGGUCAGAUCCGGUACAUUUCCCAGACCCAGGGCCUGCCUGCUGAGUACCUCCUGAGUGCAGGCACUAAGACCAGCCGCUUUUUCAACAGAGGCCCUGACUCUAGUUACCCCCUCUGGAGGCUCAAGACACCUUCAGAGCAUGAGGCAGAGCUGGGGAUAAAGUCAAAGGAGGCGAGGAAAUACAUUUUCAACUGUUUGGAUGACAUGAUGCAGGUGAGGGUGAACAUGACUAGUCUGGUGGGGACUGACGUCCUGGCAGAGAAGUCUGACCGGAGAGAGUUUAUUGAUCUGCUAAAGAAAAUGCUAACGCUGGACGCAGACAAACGCAUCACCCCCAUGAAGACCCUCAACCACCCCUUCGUCACCAUGACACACCUGCUGCACUUCCCUCACAGCUCACAUGUGAAGUCAUGCUUCCAGAACAUGGACAUAUGCAAGCGCAGGGUCAGCGCUUUCGAGAGUGGAAAGAAUCUGUUUUCUAGCAACAACAAUCCCAGUGCAGCUACAAACCUCACUGUUACAUUUAGCAGCCAGCACAACCAGAUGGCGUCCACCGGUGGCCAGUCACUGUCAGUGAGCAGCAACGUCCCUCUGCUGAACUACCAGCCGGGCCUGUAUCAGCAGGCUACUAUCAACAUCCCAGGUCUCCCCCAGCAGAGUGUCCCUCUGCAGACCAGACCCACCCAGCUAUGUGGCCAGGCUGAGCCUUUCCAGCAGACUCUCAUCGUCUGCCCACCCACCAUCCAGGGCCUCCAGACGUCCGGUAAACACUCUGGUUUCCCAGUGAGGAUGGACAACGCUGUUCCCAUGGGGCCCCAGAACCAGUCCACUCAGCCUCUACAUCUCCAGCCUGGAAUGCUCACACAGGCCUCCUGCAAUCCUUUGAUGGUAGCCACUCUGCACACCCCUGUGGCAGGAAUGGCCCCUCUGUAUUCGCUGCCCCUGGGCUGUGGGGCUGGAAGGCCUGGCCUGCUGGAUCAGAGCUCCACCAUGCUGCAGGGCUGGCCAGCAGGGACCCAGCAGAUCCUUAUCCCCUCCACGUGGCAGCAGAUGCCAGGCAUGGCCCUUCACAAUCCCAGCCAGAACCAGACACUGGUCCCUGACUCUCCCAUGGGAGCCCCUCUCUCUGGUGGAGACAGCUCAGGACAACAGGCCUCACACCGGAGGGGUCGUCAUGGCAGUCAUUACGAUYGCAUCACGCAGCAGGACCUUGCACUGGGGCGUCAAGCACCCACGGCCCCCUCCCAAGCAAGACCCCAGCAGGGGAAAGGGUGUAAGGCUCGACAUGCCGACAGUAGGGCCAGGCCUGUGUUGUCACUGGAGCAAGCUGCCUCUGUGGUCUACAACACCCCUGCCUUCAAUGGUGAUCCAAURGUCAUCUCUGAUACUCCCAGCCCCGCUGCCAGCAUUAUCACCAUCCACAGCGACACAGAGGAUGAAGAUGACAGGAAGUUCCCUGCUGCCGGCUCUGGUGUUAACCAGCGAGCCAAUGUGAUCAGCUGUGUGACGGUGCACGACUCGCAUGACUCUGACUCGUCGAUCAGCAGUCCCCUGAGCCCCAAGCGCCUUGCCACCAACUCCUCCUCGUCCCAGUCCUCCUCCAAGUCCCUUGCCAUCAUCCUGCCCUCAGUGAAGACUCAGUCUGGGGAGAGCGGGACCCACAAAUCAGAUCAACAUGUUAAUGUUUCUGGUAAGUCCAAGAAGGUGACAGCUCAGCAGUCCAGCAGGGCAGGAGGGGCCUCCAGCUCUGAUCGCCAUCAGAGGGCCACAACUAGCAGAUCUCAACCUCUCAACCUGAGUCAGGUACAGCAGUCUCUGAUGUCAUCAUCACAAGACAGAACAGGAGGCAACAGCAGCUCCUUGCGUCGUCAGCCCACCUACCCUCCUCCAGUCUCCUCCUACCGCUUGCAAGAGGCUUCCUCCAUCUUCACCUCUACCCCUAACCUGUACGCCUACCCUGCCUCUGCCGCCCUGGCUUCUGUCUCUCAGGCCAUGGACCAGCUCCACGCRGGGGGCUCUUCUAGACACGCCCGGCCCAGCGGGCCCUACUCCUCCCUGGGGCUCCUUCAUGCCCAGGGACAGUACCACCAGCAGCAGCAGCUGGCGGCCCAGCCUUACCCCAUCCCCCGGUCCAGCGCAGCGGCCUACCAGCUCAGCCAGAGGAAGCUCAGUCAGUACCCCUACCUGUGAGGAAUAGAGGCUGCCAUAGAAAUAGAAUAUCCUAGAUUCUAUUUCUGUGGAAAGAACAGCUAUCUAGUCCAGCGGAAGACCAAAUGGAGACCAAGACUAUAAAGGCACUGCACAAGUUUAGCACAGGCACUAUGAUACUUAAAUACCACUGAUAUUUUUAAAUGUGCAAUUUAGUAAAGCCUCGUUUAGAAUUAUUUUAACAGCUUUGUUCGCAAUGUCCUGAUUUGAAGUGGUAAAUAUUUUUCAUUCCCUGUUACUUAAAUGAAAUGCGCUUAUGUGCAAGAAAGUCCAAAAACAUUUCUCCUAUGUAAAGCCAGUAUUUUGCUAUCUUUGUUUUUAGAAUAUUAAGCUUAUAAAAGCACUAACCGUGUGUCCUUUGUCGUUAUCAUGACAUUUUAUUUCCAUGUACUGCAGCUAAUCAAAUUGUACUAGAAUUAUAAGACGGUCCCUUUUUUAUUUAUUUGUUUUUAUCAUUAUUUUGAAUGUCUACGUAUUGCAAAUAACGCUGAACAGAGUUUCUCUGUUUCCCGUGUCUGUUGUAAAAGAAUACAGAUAAAAUAAUAAGUU